AUGUGCCAUCGCCUAGUUAUUGAUUGUUCACCCCGCUGUCCCUGCCUCAAACAAGAGUCCGAAGCUGGCUCCGCGGAAUUUGCGCGGAAGGGGUUUGUGUCCACUUCACGCCUGGGCCUGGCUUUGGGAGCCGCGGGCAGCGAGUGGGGGCGGCCUCAGCUCCGGGGUCCCGGGCUUUCGGGGAAGGGUUCAGCGGCGGAGUGGAGGAGCGUAGGUGGCCCUUGGUCCCCGCUGCUGGCGCGAGGGGAGGCAGGGACCCCAGACCCCGAAGCGGGGGCUUUUCGCCGGACCCGGGUCGGGGAGCGGCCGAGCCGAGGAGGCCCGGUCGGCUCCAGCUUCCCCGGCGCCCCCAGCUCCGCGCCCCGAUUCCCGGAGCUCUCCAGGGCCGCGUCGCCCCCUCCCUACCGCCUCGGCUCUUCUCGCGCUUUCAUUCCCUCUUCUCCUCGGUGCGCCCGCCGCCGUGUAGCUCCCGCGUCGGGUACCAUCCACGGCGGUCCGGGCCCCCGCGAGGAAGCGAGUGUCCUCCACGCCUCGCCCUUCCCGCCCGGAGAGCCCUCGGCGCCUCCCGAGGAGUCCACGCCCCGCGCCGCUGCGGAGCUUGCACUUUGUCGGAAGCGGGAGCUCGAAUCGCCGCCGCCGGCCAGAGCUCAGAGACCAGGCAGCGGGCGCGGGCAGGGGGCCCUGCGGAACUCGGAGACUGGGGACAGGAGGAAAAGCCUCCUCUAUUUCUGUCCCACCCUUUCUCUUGCUUCCUCUGGGCAUGGGGGGUGGGGGGCGCUGACCUGGAGGAACCAUAGCUUCCCCGAGCCCCCCGCCCCCCCGCCUUCUUCCUGCCUCAGACAGGGGCAGCACCCCCUUUUUGCUGCCUUUCCAGAGAGAGCAGCAAGAGAAAGAAAGAGAGAGGCAAGCAAAAUUCCUGAAUGGAUAGACAGAUGCUACGUCAUCGGAGCUGCAUCCUCCACUCCACAAGAGGCUAGGAGCUGGGGAGAGAGAGGCAGUCCAGCUGCAGGGGCCACGGCCGUGGUCUGUCUUCCUCACAGAAGCCAGGAGCUGGGCAUCCAAGAAGAAGCAGCCUCGUUUGUUUCUGGUGUCAUCGUAGGUGGCCCCCUUUGGCUUUUGGGCUUUGAGAGUCAAGGAGGGACACCUGGGGACCUGGGUAGGCAGUGUCUGGAGCCUGGGAGAGGAGGCCCAAUCCUUGAGAAGCCUUCAAAGGGGAAGAGGCUGGAGCUCACAUGGAAUUUCUCACCUGGGGCGAUUGGGUGCUCCUCCACCCUCCCGCCCUCUUUCCUCCACACGUGCUCCGGAGCUACAUCCAGCACCGCGGACAGCUCCUGGAUUCUCCCUCCCUGGGUUGGGCAGCUCAGGCCUAAUGCUGGAGGGGAGUUCACAGGCUAUCCUCAUAAGAAAACGGAUGGAUGCAUGUCUGGGCAUGUGAGGAAGACCUUCCCGCUGACCAUGCACGAAUACUGUCCAGCAGUAGCAGGAGGAGAGGACGGACUAAAAAGAAUUUUCUUCACCAAAAAAGGGCGUGGUGCCCUCUGAGAAGCCCUCCUGGACUGAUCAAAAGAUGAGGCUGAGCUCGAGCAAGUUGUCUGGCUCCUCCAAGAAGCCUUUGGGCAGGAUGGAAGGAGGAAGGACCCAGCCUCCAGCCUGGGCAGCCUGUUUCACCUGGAGCUAUCUGGGAGUCUUUGCUUGACCCAUUGCUCCUGCAUCCACAAGCUCUCCAUCCUGGCUUGUCCGGUUUACCUUGUGUCAUCUGAGCUGGGAUUCCCAUGUCAUCUGAGACAAAAGUCCCAUCUCAUAUCUAAUAAAGACUCUUGAAUAUUGAACAACA